UGUAGUACGUGUACAUUACCAAUGACUGAGAGUACAAAGACUGAGGUAAUAAGUCUAUGGCAAUACAAUGUAGAUUUAGAUCUUUCCGUAUAGAAAAACAUUGACCAGACAGAGCUGUGAUCAAUCCUUGGUUAGGAGAAUUGAUUCGGUCUGCCUACUACACAUUUCAUCCUCCCUGUUCCUGACUACCUCUCUCUCUCCCAUAUACUGUGUCAUUUCUCUACUUACCACAAAGUAUGAAUGUUCCAAGGGAACACACGAAGGCAACCUUUAUUGAUUGACUUUUCCCCCAAUCUGAUUAUUAAGGGCUUUAAUGGGCAUUCAGUAUAAAUGUGAUCUCGAUCGAGUGUAUUGGUGUAUGUGUUUCAAUGAAAGUGUACAUUCUCGCUUCUGUUUGUUUGUAUAAAUAAAUAAAUUUAGAUAAAUAGAUAGAUACGUGAAAAAACACUCAUUCAUUCUUUCAUCCAUCACUAUAACUCUGGAAACACAAAAAGGGCGAAAUUUUGUACACAGGUUCCCUUUACCUUUUCAGUACUUAGUAAGACUGACUGAAUGAUCAGGAGAUCUCAUCAACUGUCGUAAGGGUCCGUAGAAAUUUCGUACACAGGUUCCUUUUACCUCCUGUGCACUUCUUAUAAACCGGUUUUGACAGAUUUCGAAAUUCACCAUCGCUAUUCGCGAAAAACCGCAAGCUUUCUAUCAAAACUUUCUUUUAUAUUCGGUAUUUCUCCAAACGGCCGCAGUCGAUAGUAAAGCAAAAAAAAAACAAAAACAAAAAAAAAAAACCCCACAAAUUUCGCACUUUUAAAUCGAUUUAUUUCUUUUUCCCUAAAUCUACUUAUUUUUAGUAAAGCCUUACAUCAUUUUCCACUUCCUUUUAGACGCGUCUAAAGUCUAAAUGCAAAAAGACAAAACCAAUACUAAUAGCAUUAAAAGUGUUUUUCUUUUUCGAGAGAGAAAGAGAGACACAGCAAUGUCACAUCUAUACAUUCAAAUGGAUCAAAUAAACGAUUACAAUUAAUUUAAAACCCUAUUGAUAUUAUAUUUAGAGGACACAAAACCAAAAUAAAUGUACAAAGGGUACCGGGAAUGGACCAUUUAAUCGGGGCCUUUAGAAAACGCAUUUUUUUCCUCUUAGCUGAAACUGAUGGUGUAAAGAAAUGUUUGCUCACCUUAUUAUUAAAGGAUGCAGAAAAAAAGUUAAAAAUAACUAAAAGUGCUAUAUAUAGAAUUAAAAAUCUCGUAGGAGAGCGGUGCAGGGUUGAUCAAUCAAAGGAUGUUGAACAAAAAGUUGUUUUUUUUUUGGUCAUUGUAAUAAAAAAGGGCCGAAAAGUGUGAAUGCGCGCGUGUAUGGGGGAUGGGUGAGGGGGUAGUUACGUUUGAAAAGAUUAUAUUAUAAAAUAUUGAAUUUAAAAGCCGAAGAAAAGUCUUAAGGAUUGGUAAGUAGGACUAACUUUUUUUGUUUGACGAGGGGGUGGGGGAUGUAGGAGACGUAUAAGAGUUAUCAGAAUUCGUGGAGCCAAAAUCAUGUGUAGGUUUGGGUGUUGUGGGGAGGGUCGUUCCAAAUCAAAUUUUAAAAAAUGUCAGAGAAAUUACCAUAAGCAGGAUGAAAAAAAAAAGGGGGACGGGUUCCAGAGGGAGAGAGAAGGAAAGAGGAGCGGGCCGUUUAAUUUUAUUGUAACAGAUACAUGGGCUAAAAAGUUAGUUAAGGGGAUCGUUCAAAUGUGGCCUGUUAAUUGACAAUAAAAAAAAGAACGAAAAGAAGGGGAUGUUCAGGCCAUAAUAAACAAUAAAAAUCAUGAAAACAAAUCAACGGGCGUAGCCGGUGUGUAAUGGUAUUAUAAUUUAAGAACAGAAAUAAAAAGAUGGAUAGAAAAAUUGAUAAACAUAUAGAUUGACAGUUAGUGCUCAGUUAUUUUAGUGGAAUAAUUCAUGAAUGUGUAUGUGUCUCAUUGUGAGAGUAGAGUAAAUUAAACAUAUAGAGAAGUGAAAAUAAACCAAUUAUGUUUAAGGAAUGAUAUGUACAGUGAAAAUUAAAAAGAGAAACUAGAAAAGAAAAAAAAAAAAAGCUGAUGCAGAGAAUUAGAACUCCAAAAGAAAGAAUGAGCCAUAACUAGAUAUUAAAUAAAACAGAGAUUGUUGUCUAGCUCGUAAGUGAAAAACAUCGAAAAAAAAAUACGAGAGAGAGAGAGAUUACAAGUCAACCAGGCACUCUUAAGUUUUAAAGGACGUCACUUAAAGCAAUUCAUUUAUCUAGGUCACAACUGUGUCAGCUGGUAGAUCAGCUACUCUUAGAUUAUAAUACUUGUGUUGUUUGUGUGUAAAGGCCUACAUUCUCCUUACGCCCUCUAGUGUCAUCAAGACGAAUGGUACGGAAGUGAAGCCUUGAGACCACAAACUGAAAAUGAGAGACAACAAGGGGAGGCUAGUCACACUAUUAUCGUUCUACUGAUGUGUUAUUACUCGAGGUCGUCCCUAGACUUCUCAGAAAGCGGUUGAAGCAGUUGGGAAAAAUAAUCAAUUCAAGAUAACUCUGAGGAAAGCUCUGUCGGAGGAUGUGUGCCCAUGACUCACUACACUUAAUUCAAAUAUAGAUCAAAAUUAUUUUUUUAAAUUGAUACCACCUACCGUGUAGUUUUUUCAAUUUCUUUUGACUGUGAGGAUUGUUUCAACUUGUGCUAUUCAUGUAGUAAAUACACGUUUUACUUAUAAGAUAUGAUACCACGGAAAAAAACACUUUCUUGGCCUGUGUUCUUUGGUUAAUGUGUCCCUAAAGCUGCACAUACAGUCUGGUCCAUGGUCAGCCAGUUGUUUAGACUGCGCUCGCCACUGAGGUCGCUAUGCGUGAACACAGUGCUUGUUGUUGGCUGGAUUAUAGUUGUCAUGACAACGCUUAUGAGGAGUUACAGGACUUGUAUUCGUCCAAUUCGGAUUCUGCAGUUUCAUCACUAUAUCCGAAGGUCGCUGGUCCAUCGCCGUGCGCCGAAGAUUUUAUUGAUUCUCUUAUUAGCUUUGGUCUCAUUGUAUGCAAUUCACUCCCAGUUGCAGCAGACUGAGAUUAUCCAUGUCUUACACCCUGGAUUCCCGUUGAUAGUUUAUUCAGAAGAUAGUUAUCCGAGUGUUUUGGAACAUGACGUGAUUGGUAAGAUCCCUUACCAGAUGCAACAGGAUGUCGCUUUGAGGUUCAAACAUCAACCAAAACCUAAAAGUCAUUUCAACCUUCUAAGUACUGACAGGGAACCUAGUUGUCAGGCAUUAAUUAAAGGAGAUCCUGAGGAGAUUAACUAUGCUUUACAGUAUAUGGACCAGACGAAAGAUAAACCUGCCAGUAUUGACCUAUCUGUUUAUAUUCACGCUCCAGAAGACUGUCAAAAUUUCAUUAAGUCCAGAGGCUAUAUCACUCAUGCAUUACCAGAAGAGACAGAUUUUCCAAUAGCUUACAGCAUCAUGAUGUACAGAGAUGCUGACCAGGCAGAGAGACUGCUUAGAGCAAUAUAUCGCCCCUCAAACUACUACUGUAUCCAUGUUGAUGCCAAAGCUGAUUCAAGUGUACAAAAAGCCAUGUUGGGAGUAACUAAAUGUCUUCCACAUGUAUUUCUAGCAUCCAAGCAAAACAUUGUAGAUUGGGCACAGUUUAAUUCUCUAGAACCCUGGAUUUACUGUAUGAAGGACUUAUGGCGAUAUUCUUGGAAAUAUUUUAUAAAUUUGACUGGUCAAGAGUUUCCUCUGAAAACCAAUUUACAAAUUGUCAAAAUACUGAAAGCUCUCAAUGGUUCUAAUGUAGUAGACACUACAACCUAUGGGCACUAUGCAAGACGGUGGUAUGAGAACCUUCCACCUCCAAACAACAUCCAACCUUACAAAGGCCUUGUUUUUGUAAUAGUGAGCCGUGGAUAUGUAGACUACAUUCUUCAUGACCCAGUAGCUCAUAAAUUGUUAGAGUGGGUCAGUCACACAGACUUUCCAGAUGAGUCCUACUUUUCUACAUUAAAUCACAAUCCUCACCUGGCUGUUCCAGGCUCUUAUAAAGGUAAUCCUGAGACCAAUGCAGAUGUCAAGCCUUACAUAGCCAGAUUUGUUAACUGGGGUGUUGGUUGGAUAGAUAGCCAAGGAAGAUAUCCAUUCUAUUGGCCAUGUGGUGGAAAGAGAGUUCGUAGAGUCUGUAUAUUUGGAAUCAAGGACCUUGAACUGCUUGUCAACAGACGGGAACUGUUUGCUAACAAAUUUAUUUUAGACUUUCAGCCUCUUGCUUUAGAUUGUCUUGAGGAGUGGCAUUUUAAUAUGACUCUAUCAGAGUAUGCAGGCAAGUUGACCAUAGACACAACCUGGUACCAGAGUCUAGAUAUUGUUAAAAACAAAGUUUUAUGAUACUGGCUCAUUAGCUUAUUUCACACUUCUAGGAUACAGUUUUAGAUUACCAUAGUAAUAUACAUUUUCAUGUUAUUCUGCUUUAGUUUCUUAUUUUCUGAAUGACAAUAAAUGUAUUUAUUUUUCUCAACUAUUACGAAGGGACAAUAUAUAUAUAUAAUAGGAUUUUAAAACGGCUCUAAAUGUAAAUAUCUACCAUUAACUUAAGUGUAUCGAAAAGGUUUCAUUUUAUCUCAGGACAUCUAUGAUCACAUUGACUUAAGCUGAGCUAUAGUUCAUGUGUAAUGGGACCUACAUUUUAUAGUGUGUGUUAGCCUAUUUUUUUCACAUGGACCAAUGCACUGCGGUAUUUUAACUUUUUAAAAAUUCUAUUAAUUAUAAAUAAUUAAAUUCAUUUGUUCUCUGUCUGUGAUGCAAGUUCAAAUCUUGUCAUGUUGACAGUCAUUGGAGAUAUUAUUUAUUGUUUGCAUUCCUUUGUUUCCCCCACCCCACACACACCAGGAGCAAAAUAAGAGAUGUUAAAUCACAUAACAUUUCAACAAUACCCAACUAUUAUGUUCCGUCCAUGAUGCUCAAACAUAAGAAUCCACAUGGUUAAAACAAUUUUGUAAAAAAAAGUUUGUAUUACCAUUAUGAUAACUAUGAUUAUUCAUGAAAUAUUUCAGUAUAAGCUUCUCUGAUACACUAUGUCUUUUCAUGCACAUAUGUAAUUUACUGCAUUCCUUGAAAUAUUAUAAUUAAAAAUUUUUUUUUUUGCUUUUCUUUCAUAUUGUAAAACAAUCAAAUGGUGAAUCCUCUGAAGCAUUUUAUUUGCACACAUAGUGUCUUUGUUGAACCAUUCUCACCUAACACUAUAAAUACAAAUGUUUUGUUGACCUGAAUGGUUUUGGCAUUAAGAAAAUACAGAAUUAUUUAUUUAAUGCUGAUUAUUAUACCAAAUAACAUUUGUUAAUGAGAUUCCAGAUCAGUCAUUGUCAAUGGGAUUAUAAAAUCUAAUGAAUAAUAUCUCUUUUAUUUUGCUAUAUGCUGUGAUAAAAGCCUCAUGCUACUCAAGCAUGCUUAUCCAUCUAGUGUGUAAUUUAUAUAUAUAAUGAUAAUCUGUACAUGUAAAUGUUUCCUUUAAGAAAAAAAUUGUAAACAAAAAUAUGUUUUCAAUGAAUUGUUAAAUAAACUUCAUAAGUGCAUAGUAUAGAUGAUUUACUUUGUAAUACUAGUUUCAAAUGUCAAUACCUAUAUAGUACUGACUCUGCACUAAAUGAUUGUAAUAAUUGAUUGUUAAGUUAAAACUCAGAAUUGAUGAAUGAUUGUAAAAAAAACAACUUUAUAUAGAAGUGAUAAUUUGGAAAGAAAUUAAAUUAUAUAGCCAAUCAUUUUUUAAAUGGAGAUGAAAAUUGACAAAAUUUAACUGGAAGUUUAAAAUUUAAAAAACUGUUUUUUUCAUGGCUUAAAAAAUUAACUGACUUGUACUUAGCUCAUACCUAAAUCAAGGCUUAACAUAGGGUACAUUUAAACUAAUGAUCAUCGAGAUAGUAUACAAUUAGGGUAAUCAUAACUUCUUUUUUUUUUUUUUUUUUUUAAAUAAAAAAAUGGAAUUUGAAUUAGAAUAAAAAAGUAAAAAUCUAAUGUCAUGCAAAUAUAAAAUCUAGUAAUAAUACUUAUACAUGUUCUAUAAAAAAUAUGUUGUUUUUUUUACAUUUAUAUCUAGUCUUAUAGUCUAAAUUAUUAGAAUUUAACAUUAUGUAAGGUCAAGAAAUUAAAUUAGGAACAUUAUUGUUAAUGUAGCCUAAUUAAUAUAACAUAUUUUAAAAUAUCUCUAAAUUUAUACAAUUAUUUUUUUAGUAAAAUAAAUUAAAAUAAAUAUUUAAAACAUUUUCUAUUUUCAUAUGAUUAAGGUGAUUACUUACACUAAUCAGCUUUUAAAAAUUUUUAUUUGAUUAUUUAUUUAUUUGCGUCCAACUUUGGAUACUUAAAGGGGGACUAAUUGAAGCACCAUUUUAUUGUUGCACAUAUAUGUGUGUAAUAGUGUAAGCCAUAAUUAAUGUGUAUGCGCUAGUGCAGGUUGUAGUUGUAUUUAUGGAUAUGAGACAGGAUAUGCAUGCUGGUGAAUGAAAAAUUCUUUAUAAAUCUCUGAUGAUGACACCAUUUUAAUGAAGGUUCUGUAGCUUUUUCUGUGAACAAAACAAAACUACAAUUACUCAGAACAAUAUAUUGCAGUCAAGUACUAUAUCAAAAAUUGCUUUGAUAUAGUAUUAUUUAUUUUUUGUUUAUUUAUUUAACUAGAGGAUAAAAGAAUGAAUAUAACUAUCUAGUAGUUUGUUACUAAUAAUCAUCAGAAAAAUGUUUUUGUUUUUAUAAUCAUUUUUAGAUAUUUGUUAUUAGCAUUCAGUUUUGUGUGUGUUUUAUUUUAUGACAAAUAUUUUUUUGCAUGACAUUAUGAUUCAUCCGAAUGAGUAUAUUUAUUCUUUCACUCUGAAAAGACACAAAUCCAUAGUCAUCCAUUUGUUUGCUUGUAAGAAUUAUUAUUUAUCACUCAACCCAAUCAUGAAGUACUGAACACCAAGCUGUAGUUCUGUGUUCUGUACUGAUUAGUGGAAGUAGCUUGCUUUAUUUCCUGUUCCCAGCGUUGGCUAGCUGUUAUGACGUUUCAACAUUUGAAACUGAAGAUAUUUUAUUUGAAUCUAGUUGAAUGUAUCCUCAUUUGUUUUUCUAAUAUUAAAUCAUUUCUAUUAUUAAGUUUUGGUUCCUAGGAGAAUAUAUUCCUUUCAAAGGGCAAUUUAUUCUAUUUUUUAAAAUAAUUUAUGCUGAUUAGAUUUAGCUACAAGACUACUUACUAAGCGGUUUACUUGACAUUUAAACUCAUUAAACUUCCAGUUUUACAAAUUUUAUAGAUUUUAAACAUUUUGCGUUAUUCUAAAACAUAUUUAUGGUUAUGAAAGUUCUUCCAUUUUUCAAAUUAAAAAAAAAUUGAAAUGUUUGUUGUUCACUUAGAAUCACUAGAAGUAAAUUAAUGAAUUUAGUAUUAUCAAUUUUUCAUAUUUUUGUGUUUGAUAAAUAAAGACACCAAUACUCAGCAAAGGUGUGGAAAACAAAACAGCAACACUAUUUUGCAAUAUAUGAUGUGUACAAGCUUCAUCUUGCAGUGUGUGAUGUAGACAGUAAAAUCUGUCUGAGUCAAAAUAUUUUUAUAUUUAAAAUAAAAAUGUUAUCAAUUAUACAUGAAUUUUUUUUUUAUUUGCUUACACACCUGCAUGCCUCUUUCAGCAUUUUUAUAAGAUUACUAUACUGAAAUUGAAUUUUAUAAAUAUUUGUACAUUUAUUUUGAUUGAGCUAAUGACUGGAACCAAUUGCUAAUUCUCUUCUGUUGCCACUAUCAUUUUUAUCAAUUUUUUUUCUGUCAUAUUUUUUAGUAGACCACAUUCCAAAAACAAUAUUUUUUUUAUUCAUCUAAUUUUAUAUGGCUUUAUUUUCCUUUUGAAAUAUCAUAUGUUUAUUUUGAUGAAUAAAUUUUACUUCACACUCA